GCCAAGACGAGCAGGACGUCACAGAGAAGCUUUGUGAGCCAGACCUUGAUGUGGAGAUCGACAAAGCCCCGAAGAAGAAGAAGAGCAAGGCCGAAAGAGAGCUGGCCCGGGAGUAUAAGGUCGAUGUCUGGUUGUUUGCAAACGCGCAAGACCACUACGUCAAACUCCUGCAGGGGGCUUUCCAGAGCUCACAGGCCUCCUGGUCAGUGGUGACCACCCGAACUUCGCACCCGGGGGCUCUUGUGGCAUGCCAGACCCAGACCGGCGAGGUGGUCGCCCUCGUUCAGGGUCCUUCACGGCACAGCAUGGAGCACGGCAAGGUGCUGCUGGAAGAGAUGGCCGCGCACUUGAAAAUGGAUGAAGCAAAACGGCUCAUCGGCAACAAGAGGGCGAGGCCUGUGCAGGCAGAUGACAUACCGUACAUCUUCAUGCAGGCCCCUCCUUGGCAAGAACAGGUCGUGUAUGUGAAGGAAGUGAGCCUGGGUGCCUCGCCUGGGCCCUUUGAUGGGCUUAACCGCCGGGUGUCAGACUUGGAGACUGGGAUGGAGAAACUCUUGCGCAGAGAACUCUCGGCUUGGGACCUUGCGUUGGCCAUGUCAGAUGGCAAGACUGCUGCUCGGCUUCAUUUGGGCGGUGUUACAGGCAGGUGA